GCUUGCAGAAUCCCGGGAACGGUUGCUGAACCGCCUGGGCUCCCGGUCGCUGCGCCUUCCGCCUGGCCGUCCGGAGUACGUCUGUCGGAUCCCGAGCGAGCUAACCCGAGCCCGCGCCGCACCGGCGCGCCGGACUCAGAGAACCCCCUGAGUUGGUGUCAAGUGCUACGGGCACUUGGAGAUCUCACCAGGAGGGGACAGACGGAGCUAGAGGCCAGCAUGAUGGCAGAUGAGGCCUUCGCUGGACUGGAUGAGGGAGCCCUGCGGAAGCUGUUGGAGGGCACGGCUGAUCUGGCCGAGCGGCGCCGCAUCCGCUCUGCCAUCCGGGAGCUGCAGCGGCAGGAGCUGGAGCGUGAGGAGGAGGCCCUGGCAUCCAAGCGCUUCCGCGCGGAGCGGCAAGACAACAAGGAGAACUGGCUGCACUCUCAGCAGCGGGAGGCCGAGCAGCGGGCUGCUCUGGCCCGCCUGGCCGCGCAGCUGGAGUCCAUGAGUGAUGUGGAGGAGUUAACUGUGCUGCUGCGAAGUGCCGGUGAGUACGAGGAGCGCAAACUGAUUCGAGCCGCCAUCCGCCGAAUUCGCGCCCAGGAGAUAGAAGCCGCCACCUUGGCGGGGAGAUUGUGUAGCGGGCAUCUGAACAGUGGCUCAAGAGAGGACAGCCAAGGCCGGGCAGCACGCAGGCUGGCACGGUGCGAGCAGGUGCCUGAACGAGAGGAACAGGAGCAACAGCCUGAGGGCCCCAAGCCAAGCCCAGCUGCAGAGAGCACCAGCCAGAAUGUGACCACGGUGACAGUCCUGCUACAGGCCCCACACGGGGCCACCCCCAGCCCACCUGCCUCACCCAAAACUUCACCUGCUUCUGCCUCCCCGGAGCCUCCACUGGAGCCCGCUAAGGCCCAGACCCCCGAUGCAGAGACUCUGGGCAGCCCUGAGCUGCCCGCCAGCCUGCCCAGUGCCACCAGCCCUGAGUCCCAAGAGCUGCCAGCACCCCCCAGCACUGAGGAGCGGGUGGUCAACACGCUCCUGCCUGGUCCCCCGGAGCCCCCUGCUGCCCAUGGCCCCACCAGAAGUCUCUUGGACACAAAGAGAACAGGGCCAGACCUGGCUGGACCCCGUCCUUGCCAACGUUCCCUCUCUGUGCUCAGCCCCCGCCAGCUGCCUCAGAACCAAGUGCCCACCACGCCUGGCAGCGGACCGUCCCCGUUCCACCGGGCUGGCUCGGUGCGGGACCGCGUGCGCACGUUCACCUCGGACUCUCCCAGGCCAGCUGGGCUCCAGCACGGCCCAUCCCGGGUGGCCCCAGGCCCCUUGACCCCUGCCAGGCUCCCGGGCUCCUCCUUCGGCAGCACCACCCCUGCCUCCUCCUCCAGCGGCUCCUCCUCACGGGGAACCACUGAUACCUCCUCCCGGUCCAGCAAGGAGAAGCCAGGAACAGCCCAGCCCCUGGCCCAGCUUCAGAGCUGCCCCCGGGAGGAGGGCCCCCGGGGGCGGGGCUUGGCUGCCAGGUCCCUUGAAAACGGAGCAGGGGGGGCCCGGGCCUGCUCAGAGGAGCCCAGUACCCCGCUGCCCGUGGCCGUGGGCACUGCCGAGCCAGGGGGCAGUAUGAAGACGACGUUCACCAUCGAGAUCAAGGAUGGCCGAGGCCAGACUGCCCCAAGCCGGGUGCUGCUGCCCACAGGCAGCCAGAGGGCAGAACUGACAAUGGGGGUGCGGGCAUCCCCCGCCAUCCUGAGCACUGGUGGUAAAGGCAAGAGCUCCAUCACCCAAACGGGCAACCCUGGGACCCCAAGCCGGCUGGGCAGUGUCACGCAUGUCACCAGCUUCAGCCAAGCAUCCCCUGGGAACCGGAGAGGCUGCAGCAUUAAGAUGGAGCCAGAGCCAGCAGAGGCCCCCGCCGCGGCAGCAGAAGUCGCCAACGACACUCAGCAGACCCUGGGGGACAAAGCCCCCGGGAGGCCGAGCCCGCUGAGCGCUGAGGAGCUGAUGGCCAUCGAGGAUGAGGGCGUCCUGGACAAGAUGCUGGACCAGGCUACGGACUUCGAGGAGAGGAAGCUCAUCCGGGCGGCACUGCGAGAGCUCCGGCAGAGGAAGAGAGACCAGCGAGACAAGGAGCGGGAGCGGCGGCUGCAAGAGGCCCGGGCCCGGCCCGGGGAGAGCCGAGGCAACACGGCGACCGAGACCACCACGCGGCACAGCCAGCGGGCUGCCGACGGCUCGGUCAGCACCAUCACCAAGACAGAGCGGCUCGUCCAGUCCAAUGAUGGCACUCGGACUGCCCGGUCCACCACAGUGCAGUCGAGCUUCGUGAGGCGCUCAGAGAAUGGUGGUGGCAGCACUGUGGUACAAACCAAGACCUUCUCCUCCUCCACUUCUUCCUCCUCAACCUCCUCCAAGAAGAUGGGCAGUAUCUUCGACCGCGAAGACGAGACCAGCCCGCGGCCAGGGAGCCUGGCGGCGCUCGAGAAACGCCAGGCAGAGAAGAAGAAAGAGCUGAUGAAGGCACAGAGCCUGCCCAAGACCUCGGCCUCCCAGGCACGCAAGGCCAUGAUUGAGAAGCUGGAAAAGGAAGGCAACGCGGCUGGAAGCCCCGGCACUCCCCGUGCUGGCGUGCAGCGCUCCACCAGUUUUGGGGUCCCGAACGCCAACAGCAUCAAACAGAUGUUGCUUGACUGGUGCCGGGCGAAGACGCGUGGCUAUGAGCAUGUGGACAUUCAGAACUUUUCAUCAAGUUGGAGCGAUGGCAUGGCCUUCUGUGCCCUGGUACACAACUUCUUCCCGGAGGCCUUCGACUACGGGCAGCUCAGCCCACAGAAUCGGCGCCAGAACUUCGAGGUGGCCUUCUCAUCUGCCGAGAUGCUGGUGGACUGCGUGCCCCUCGUGGAGGUGGAGGACAUGAUGAUCAUGGGCAAGAAGCCCGACCCCAAGUGCGUCUUCACCUAUGUGCAGUCGCUCUACAACCACCUGCGGCGCCACGAGCUGCGCUUGCGCGGCAAGAACGUCUAGCCUGCCCGCCCACCCGCCGCAAAAUGCCCCCCACCAUGCCAGGCACUGGCCCCGCUGUGCGCCUGCCCACCGCCGCCCCGUCCGGCCUGACACUUUCCCUCGCAUACACACGCAGCAUUUUGAUAAAUUAUUGUUGG